UAGCCUUUGCUCUGGUCAGUGUGGCCAGGGGUUUAUUGAACGAAUGGAAGAAUCUUCGGCUUCAGAGACGUUUUUGCAGCACCCUCUAGUCUGAUAUCUAAUAGUACCACCCUGUACUGGGUCCGAUUAGAUUAGAUAUUGACGUUAAGCUGUCGGAAGUGGCUGUAGCGUAUUCUGUUUUGUUGAGUUGCCCCCCUCCCCACUUCUUCUACUGCUUCCAGUGCAGCAGUGUAGUUUGUGACCAUGCCUAGGACGUCUGCAGGCUACUUCAGCCGUGUGGAACAGAACCCGGAGUUCUCGUGGGUCGGGAAGGGGUUACAGCUGGAGAGGAGACUGAAAGAUCGCCUUUACUACAGUGGUUUCCAGCAUGGUGACAUUACAGUGUCAAAGGGAGACUUUGUGUACGUGGAGAAUGCUGACUCUGUGGACCCAGACGACCGUUUUGUGGCCAAAGUCAAGGCCUUGUAUGACACAGGAGAUGAUGAUGAUGAUAGUCGCCACGUGGCUGUUGUACAAUGGUACAUGUGGUACAAAGAAAUCCCCGCCGGCAAGAGGCGUUUGGUACAGUCCAACGACUCGCGGGAGGUCUUCGAGUACACAAACAAGCGCGUGGACACAGACAUCGACGCUGAAACCAUCUGUGGCCGAUGCCAGAUUGUGACGACCAGCCCAAAUGAUGACCCUGAUGAGGCUAUUGAUGAAGAGGAUACAGAACUGGAUGUCUUUUUUGUCCGUUACGCCUUUAACGGGGAUGUCUUCACUGCCAUCAUGCCUCCGGUUAGAGAAUCUUCAAAGACACCAGCAAAGACUCCUCUGAAACAGCAGCCCAAAACUCCAGCCCAAACACCCUCAAGAUCAACGAGGUCACGGUCAAGGGCGUCUCGAGAUGACGACAACAACAACAAGUCCAGGCAGUCUGCUGGAAAGACACCAGCAAAGACUCCUGGGAAAUCAAGCUCAAAGGCUUCUGGGAACACGUCCAGAACUCCUGCUAGGUCAGAGGUCAGGAAAACUGGAGGAGCUGAUUUGAAAACUCCAGGAAAAACUGGACGUAACAGGGGAGAAACUCCAGCUAAGAAAGUUCAUCUGGUUUCACCAAAGAACAGGUCCUUCUCCACCACUGAUGUCCUGGAUAUCCUGACUUCACCUGAACCAGAUGUCUUCUAUGAUGAUGAUGAUGAUGAUGAUGAUGAUGACAGUAGCAGUGAUGAGGAGGAGGAAGAGGAGGAUGAUGCCAUGGCUAUGAGGAGAGCUCUGUCACCUGAUGGUGCAACACCUUCAAGGAGCAGAAACAGACAGGCACUGAAGAAAGCUGCACGGGACAGAAGGGAAGACCUUUCUAAGGCCCCUGUCCCUGUGACAACCAAGAGAACAAGAUUUAGCGUAACAAAUGACAAGAUAGAGAAAAACACGGAGGAAAAAAAUCAGAAGAUGCGCGACAAAAAACGGCUCAACUUGCUGAAUGGCAUCGUUCUUCUAGAACCUGUUCAAAUCGCAAAACUCACUCCUCCAAGAAAUGGCUUACGUCUGAGAAUGGGCAGUAACCCCAAGGACGUCACAAGUAGUCUGAAGACGGUGGCUAAGGCAACUCCAAGACAUGAGGCGGAGAUUAAGAAAACAACAGUGACUCCAAAGCUGUUGAAGAGAGACCAGAAGGGAUGGGAGGUUGUGGCUAAGACAGGUUCUGCGAGGAAGUCCACACGGCUGGCAGAGAAAAAGACACCAUCAAGGACAUUGAGAGCAAGGUCCAAGCAAGAUCUAGAGUUAGAACAUGCAGACAGUGACUCAGACGGACCCAGUAGUAGGAAGAAAUCUACCAGAGGAGAAUCCAGCAAGAGAAGAUCCACUGUGCGAUCUAGAGGUACAAAACUAGAUCUAGAGUUAGAAUGUGGGGACAGUGACUCAGAUGAAUCCAGUGUUAGAAAGAAAUCCACCAGAGGAGAAUCCAACAAGAGAAGAUCCACUGCGCGUGGGAAAGUCCUGAAGGAUCUAUCUGGUGAUGAAGACACUACAGACGACGAUGAAGACUACAGACCCAGCCAGAAGAUACCAGCUUCAUCUAGGAGACAUCAGCAAAACAUCAGGGACGACUCAGAAAGCGACUCUAGUGAAGACAGUAGUAGUAGUGAUGACGAAAAGAUUCCUUCUAGAAAGUCUUCAAGGAAGUCUUUAAGCAGAGCAACGCCAGCUAAGAAAGUAGUUAAGACACCGAAGAAGACCCCUGCGAAGACUCCUUCACGACGGAAGAGUGUGCGGGUAGACGACAUGAUGCCAAACAUUCCCAAAACUCCACGCCAAAGAAAAGAACCAAUGGGGGUUCUAGAGCAAGCCAGAGCCAGGCUUCAUGUGAGUGCAGUUCCAGAGUCUCUGCCAUGUCGAGAGUGGGAGUUUGGAAACAUCUACUCCUUUGUGGAGGGCAGACUGUUAGACGGGACUGGAGGGUGCAUGUACAUAUCCGGGGUCCCGGGAACGGGAAAGACCGCCACGGUACACGAGGUCCUGCGCUGUCUGCAGGAGGAAGUGGACGACAGUAACCUGCCCGAGUUUCAGUUUGUGGAGAUCAACGGCAUGAAACUGACAGACCCUCACCAGGCCAACACACAGAUACUCAAGGCCCUGACAGGACAGAAGGCCACUCCUGAACAUGCUGCUGAGAUUUUAGACAAGAGGUUCAACACACCAGCUCCACGCCGAGAGUCCACUGUUCUGCUAGUGGAUGAGUUGGACCUAUUGUGGACCAGGAAGCAGAGUGUGAUGUAUAACCUGUUUGACUGGCCCACCAGGCCCCAGGCCAAACUUAUCGUGCUGGCCAUUGCAAACACCAUGGACCUGCCUGAGAGAAUGAUGAUGAACAGGGUAUCCAGUCGCCUGGGGCUCACGCGGAUGACAUUCCAGCCCUACACGUUCCGACAGUUACAAGAAAUCGUCAUGUCACGCAUGAAAGGACUGCAGGCCUUUGAAGACGACGCCAUCCAACUUGCUGCUAGAAAGGUUGCCGCCGUGUCUGGCGAUGCCAGGAGAGCGUUGGACAUCUGUCGACGUGCCACAGAGCUGGCCGAGCUGGCCAAGACGCCAGGCCGGAAGACAGCAGCCCUGGUGAACAUGAGUCACGUGGACACUGCAGUACAGGAGAUGUUCUCUUCUCCCAAGAUUAUGGCCAUAAGAAAUGCAUCACUUCAAGAGCAGUUAUUUCUCAAGGCUGUCGUCGCAGAGUUCCGCCGAUCUGGACUGGAAGAGGCCACUUUUCUACAGGUUUCCCAGCAGCAUGAAUGUCUGUGUAGGCUCGAUGGUGUGACUGUCCCGACCAUGUCGCAGCUGUCAGGUGUCUGCUCCACGCUGGGGGCCAGCCGGCUGCUGCUGGUGGAGGCUGGGAAGAGCGACUUGAGCCAACGUGUCCGCCUCAACGUCAGUCAGGACGACGUCAUGUACGCGCUCAGGGACACCACGUAAAGCAGGGCCGCCAUUACUAUCAUGAAAGUUCAUCUGUGUUGGUAGUGACAUGUUUAAAUCAAAACUUUCGAACCAACACAAUAAAGUUCUCUCACCUAGAGCUUUUUCGACCAGUCACUUCGGUCUUCCUUGGUAGACUGACCCAGUGAGGCU